AUGGUGUUCACAGACAUAUCACUAAGCAAGAUUAGAAGGACCCUCACAAUGGUUCUAGAAGAAAUCUCGACAAGUCUUAUCAUGUGGUUUUUCUACGCCUUGAUCCCUUGUUUGCUUGUAGAUGGAGUGCCUGUUCUGCCUGCCCCUCAGAACCUCUCUGUACAAUCAACCAACAUGAAGCAUCUCUUCAGGUGGAGCCCAGUGAUUGUGCCUGGAGAAAUAAUACACUAUUCUGUUGAGUACCAGGGAGAGUAUGAGAGCUUGUACACAAGUCACAUCUGGAUCCCCAGCAGCUGGUGCUCACCCACUGAAGGUCCUGAAUGCGACAUCACUGAUGACAUCACUGCCACUGUGCCCUACAACCUCCGUGUCAGUGCCUCCCUGGGCUCACAGACCUCAGCCUGGAGCACCCUGAACCAACCCUUUAAUCGAAACUCAACCAUCCUCACCCCACCUGGGAUGAAGGUCAUGAAAGAUGGCUUCCAUCUGGUCAUUGAACUGGAGAACCUGGGGCCCCAGUUUGAGUUCCUUGUGGCCUACUGGAGGAGGGAACCUGGUGCCAAGGAACUUAUCAAAAUGGUGAGGAGCGGGGGCACACCAGUGCAUCUGGAAACCAUGAAGCCAGGGGCUGCAUACUGUGUGAAAGCCCAGACUUUUGUGAGGGCCAUUGGGAGGCACAGCACCUUCAGCCAGGCAGAAUGUGUCAAGGUGCAAGGAGAAGCCCUCCCUCUGGUGCUGGCCUUGUUUGCCUUUGUUGGCUUCAUGCUAAUCCUUGUGGUCGUGCCGCUCACCAUGUGGAGAAUGGGCCGGCUACUCCGGCACUCGUGUUGUCCUGUGGUGGUGCUCCCUGAAACCCUGAAAAUAACCAGUUUACCCCAGAAUUUAAUCAACUGUAAAAAAGAAGAGGUAGAAGCCUGUGCCACAGCUGUGCUGUCUCCUGAGGAGCUCUUCAGGACUUGGACCUAG